GGUCGCCGGAGUGACGAGACGCCAACAGUGGCCUGACGGACGCACAGCGCCGGGGACUCGGCGACACCGACCAGGGCGUCGACGGGGUGGCGCCUUCGCGCGGACCGCACCGCGACCCAGCACGCAGUGGGCCUAGAGGGCCUAGAACAGGAGGGUUGUGUGUCGGAGGAGGGCGGCGGUUGCGGAAAGACUGACCGACUGGGGGUGGCUUUGCGUUCGGCCUGCAGAUGCGCCCCUCGGUCGCUUCGACGCCGUGCCGGGCGACGGCGGCCACGUGACACAGCGACAGGUCCGCGAUGGACUCCGGACAGGGGCAGCCCCUUGAAGCCAAGGCCAUGGACUGCGACGCGACGUGCACGACGCAGCGCCCGGAGCGCGGGGACUCCAGCGGCAGUGGCAGCAUCGGCAGCAGCUCGGCCGACGCGGACGUGCCUCGCGGGGUGACGCUGUCCUGGAGGGACCUGAGCGUCUUCGCUGCGCCGCGGGGCUACCCCUGCAAGCGGAUCAUCAAAAACGUGAGCGGCGUGGUGCGGCCGGGCUCCCUGGUGGCCGUCAUGGGGGCGAGCGGCGCGGGCAAGAGCACGCUGAUGGCCGCGCUGGCGCACCGCAGCCCCGCCGGCGUCCUGGUCCGCGGCGACAUCCGCGUCGGCGGCCGGCCCGUCGGCGACUUCAUGCACCGCCUGUCCGGCUUCCUGCACCAGGAGGACAUCUUCGUGCCCCAGCUCACCGUGGAGGAGCACCUCAACUUCAUGGCCAGGAUGCGGCUGGACCGGCGCACCAGCUGCUGGGAGCGCCAGAAGAAGGUGCAGCAGUUGCUGCGGCAGCUGGGCCUCACGUCGUCGGCGCACACGCGCAUCGGCACGCCGGGCCACGACAAGGUGCUGUCGGGCGGGGAGCGGAAGCGGCUCGCCUUCGCCGCCGAGCUGCUGACGGACCCGCCGCUGCUGUUCUGCGACGAGCCGACCACGGGGCUGGACUCGUACUCGGCGCAGCAGCUGGUGGACCUGAUGCAGGGCAUGGCGGCGAGGCCGCACGGCCGCGGCAAGACCAUCCUGUGCACCAUCCACCAGCCGUCGUCCGACCUGCUGGGCCGCUUCCACCGUAUCAUGCUCGUCGCCGACGGCCGCAUCGCCUUCAUCGGCAAGCCCGAGGACGCCCUGCUCUUCUUCCGGCAGCAGGGCUACGAGUGCCCCGCCAUCUACAACCCGGCCGACUUCUUCAUCCGCACGCUGGCCUGCACCCCCGGCUCCGAAGCCGCCUCCAAGGCCGCCGUCAGGAAGAUCUGCGACCGCUUCGUCAUGUCGCGCCACUGCAAGGAAAUGACCCCGGAGAACCUUGGCGAGUCUCUGGACGACGUUUCAUGCGAGGACAUCGACUCCGUCGUGCCCGUGGAGCCGCCCCUGUGGCCGCGAAGGCUGUGGCUGCUGACGGGGAGGUCCAUGCUGCAGGUCGUCCGGGACCCUUCCAUCCAGUGGAUGCGGCUGCUGCAGAAAGUGGCGAUCGCGACCAUGGCGGGGCUGUGCUUCCUGGGGACGGUGUCCGACUCGCAGGCGGGGGUGGUGUCCGUGCAGGGGGCGCUCUUCAUCCUGGUGUCCGAGAACACCUUCUCCCCCAUGUACUCCGUGCUGUCCGUCUUCCCGUCCGAGCUGCCGCUCUUCCUCCGAGAGUACCGCGCCGGCCUCUACGGCCCCGUCGCCUUCUACUUGUCCAAGGUCCUGUCCAUGCUGCCCGGGCUCAUCGUGGAGCCCCUGGUGUUCGCGGUGCUGGCCUACUGGCUGGCCGGCCUCCGCGACGACGUCUACGCCUUCCUCAUCACGUCCGCCAUCGUCGUGCUCACCAUGAACGUGUCCACGGCCUGCGGCUUCUUCUUCUCGUCCGCGUUCGAGUCGGUGCCCACAGCCAUGGCGUACCUGGUGCCCUUCGACUACGUGCUCAUGAUCACCUCGGGCGUGUUCGUCAAGCUGAGCACGCUGCCGGCCUACGUGUCGUGGACGCAGUACCUGUCUUGGCUCAUGUACUCCAACGAGGCCAUGAGCAUCGUGCAGUGGCAGGGCGUCACCAACAUCACCUGCCUGGACCCUUCGCUGCCGUGCCUCUCCGACGGCGACCACGUGCUGGACCACUACUCGUUCGACGCGUCGCACUUGUGCAGGGACGUGGUGGCCAUGGGCGUGCUGUACGCGGUGUUCCACCUGCUGGGGCUGCUGUGCCUGUGCCGCCGCGCCAGGGGGCUCAAGUGAAGACUGAAACCACCCCCACCCCCUGCCGCCACCAUCGGCCUUGUUUUUUACUGUUUUUGUACUGAUUGUGUUCCCGUUAGAUUUUUAUACCCUGUUGUGUGCGCCGUUUCCGUUUAUGUUUUUUGUUAACCGUUCAGUUUUCCCUAUUCUAUAGCUGUUUCUGUUACUUUUUUCAUGUCCUCUUUGUUGUGAUUUAUGAGAGUGACUGUACCGCUACUCCAGCAUAGCGUUGCCCAGUUUGCUCCGUUGGUUGCGAAUAAACAAGCCAGCACUCUGCCA